UCCAAGAUGGCGGAGGGGGCGUCGUCUUCCCUUUUCCCACUGCGUAGCGCUCCCUCGCGCUCGACCACCAAAAUGGCGACCGACGGGGUUUGAGUCCAGGUCCUCUGGCUGUCGCCUCUUGUUACUGGGUCGGGCGAUCAGAGGCAGAUCUUGGGGACGAAGGGGAGGAAGAGGCCCGGCUGAUUGGCCUAUGAAGGGGAGCAACUGCCUCGCCUCCCCCCGCAUCGCAAUGCCUGCCUUCCCUCCGAGGAGCAGCUGGGCGCUCAAGUAAGCAAGGCUUCCCCGCCGCCUUCCCUUUGACAGCCCCGCGGUGAGAGUGGUGCGUAGCAUGGCCUGCCUCCCUUUGGCUGGCCUUCGUCGGAUCUACAGCCCUCUUGUCGCUCAUCCAACUUUUGCUAUAAACUCGCACUGAGAAGGAAUGAUGGCAGCUUUGGAUGUUAAAGCAAAGAAGACUCUGGGAACUGUUGAUUAUGUGGAAUCAUCAGAGUUUGCCCAAGGAAUUCUGCCUACAAAGAAGGAUGUCAUUCAAAACAUGUUAUAUCUACUGCACCCGAAAAGAGCAGGGCAAGCCCAGCGGUCCAAAGAAGAUGCUGCCCAGUUGCUUGCUGAACUUUUGCAGGAACAUUGGUCAUUCUGCAACUUAUAUACCAUAGCAACACAAAGCAUAAAGAUGCAUAUUCUGAAGGUGUAUGAGGAAUUCUCAAAGCUGUAUCAGUCCAGAAACCGAAGAAAAAAUGAGUUGUUUACACAGAAGGCAGAUGAUUUCAACAGGAGUUCAGAACAGCUCUUUGACAUAUUUUGUACAGACACUGUAACCAGAGAGAAACAGGAACAGUUCAGUGGUGUGAAGAUGACAGAUACUGAGUGGAAAUUUCUUGAGGAUCAGAGGAGUGAAAGAAAAAUGUAUUUUGAGGACUUUGUGGUGAAGAAACAGAUGGAAACCACAGCAAGACAAAGAAAAGCAGAGUCACUGGAGCAUUUCAGGAAGAUAGCAGAAGAAGAGAUGGAAGGUUGCAAACGUAAAGAAAUAGCUUCCAACCGAGACGAACAGUCAGUUGAAGAUGUCAGUGAUAGGAGUAAAGAUGAUUCCUGUAUAGAACACAACAAAGGAAUUGGAAGCUUUUCACAUAAGGCAAAAAGAAAGCGCUUAUCUUCUGGCUGGAUUACUGGGACAGCAAGUUCAACUAGCUAUAGCAAAUCAGUUCUUCCUGAGUGUCAGCAUAUACGUAUGAGCAUUAGAAAAGUCCGACCAGGAUUCUAUGAAACUUUUGACAAAUAUGAAAACUGCUAAUGUCCAUGUUUCUAGAGGCAGUUGUUUCUGUUAGUGUUUACAGAAUUUUGGGAGGUCUUAAAUACCCUGAUUAAUUGGAAGUUGAUGUAGAUAAUAAUGCAGGGCUUCAUUAAUCACCAAAAACACCAAAGCAAUGGCAUCAGUAGAAACUGUCUUUUAGCUCACGGGAAAAGGCUGAGGUGUGGCUUGUUUAAGCUUUUACCACUACCUUCCAAGGGUGAAAGUAUGUGGUCCUAAAAGGCUGUAGUAUAGCAAAGGACAGCAGAACCACCAACGUCAAAAAAUUAAAAUAAACAAAAAUGCAUGACAAUAAGUUAAUUCUUUGAAGAUAACUAGAACAGGCUGUUAAGGAAAAUGGUAUGCCUGAAAAUAUUCUGUAUUUAAAUGUUGAGAGUGGAGGCCUGAGAUAAAAAUACAAGAGAAAAUACAUUCUCUUCUGCAAAACAGUAGUCUUACUAAAUAAUAUGUUACGCAUUCCAAUUUAAGUAACAAUCAAGACUGAAUGCCAAAUACAGAUGAGGGGGAAAGUAGCUAAUGGGAUGGCUGCUUAAAGGAAGGUGCAAUUGUAAUGGUUUACAUUGGACUGUAGAAUCUUUAUUAAUAGAACACUCCUUUAUGAGUAAACAGUAAUUGGUCUAUUGCCCUAAGAGGUACUGUAGCUUCAUUAAUGGUCUUAAGAGACAGAACAAUUCAAUUAAUUCACUGCAGUUUGAAAGGGUUCUGCAUCAGGGCUAGAUCCUGGUAGGAGAAGGAACAUGGAUUACUUCGCAUGUCCUAGGAGAGCAUGGUUGCUAAGAGACCAUUACAAUUAUGAGGAUAAGCUUUGCGAGGUAACAUUGGUUUGUUUGAGAAGGAAAGAAUGGUCAGGGAACAACAACUUUAGGUAUAAAUGUGAUGGUGACAACACUGUAUAUUUUUUGCAUUCUUAGCAAUUAAAUAGUAUACGGUGGUGAGAAGUUAUGUGGAAAAGUAGAAUUUGUAACUGUAAACAUUUGAGAGUUGAACAUAUAUAAUGCACUGAAUGUGGCAUAGGAUGGAAUUGCAUAAGACAUUGUUUUAAAGCAGGCAAAAUGCAGGCCAUAGGGUUAAUCUGGCCCCCCAUGGUCAUUUUGUGGCCCUCAGAUGUCAGAAGUUAAAACAUUUUUGCCUGAAAUGGUCUUUAGAGGGUUGAAAGGCAUUCUUUUUGUGUUUCUGCUCCCAGUCUUCCAGCUCCCCUGCAAACUAAGAGGAGCCCCCCCCCCCCCCCGCCCGCCCAAACAAAGCCCUCUAUGUUUUAGGGGACUAAAGUGCCCCCUAGCCUUUCACAUUUGCCCUGCUCUGUUUAGAGGGGUUUUUUUAAAAAAAAAAACUGUUCCCAUAAACAACUAUUAAUUCCAAAUGUACUGUUGUGUUUGCAGUAGUGGAAAGACAUAGCAAUAAGCUAAUAAUGAGAAUGAUACUGGAAGCAAACUUUAAAAUCUAGACAACACUACAUGUCUAAAUAGAUUAUAUAUAGUAGUUUUUUUCCAGUUCAAAGCAAAGCGACACAUCCCGUGUUUAUAUUUUCUCAGUAUUCAUUAGAUUUCCUGUCGUAAUUUUAAAUCCAGACAUAUUGUAUAUGUGGUAGCCUGCACACAUAUCCCUCUACUGCAUGACUUGUUGGUGUCAUGCCUAUAGAUAUUCCCAGGCAGACUUGCUGUAAAGCUACCUCAAAGGGGAUAGGAAUUCACACAGACCUAUAUUUUCACUGAUUCAAGAGAGAGGAGUGAUUCCUUUUUCCUAAUGUGCAGCUGUAUAGACUAUUUAACAGUCCAACAUUGAUAAUGAUAGGAGUCCUGGAGCUGGUUUUUUGGUGGGGGUAUAUGUGUAUUUCGAUCUGGGAGUUUUUAGCUGAAUUGUAGCUUAGUUUUAAGGCAUAAGGAAUGGAAAAGUAAAUUGUGCUAUUUUCCCCAGAGAUAUUUCUCUUUGGGUGUUGCCUUUGAAUUGUUAAGGACCAAGAAUAUUAGUUCUUUCACAAGGAUUUACAUCAAACAAAGGAAUACUGAUUUAUUACUGUAUCGUUUCAUCUGGUUUAAGGGUAUAGCCUAGAUGUAACAAAGCCCAUGACCAUAUUCAGAACAUAUUUUGCACAUAUGUAUGCACUGAAAAAAAUGGUAACUAAGAACUACAUCCAUAAAUCAGACCACCUGUAUUGAUACAAAUCGAGAAUAAACCACUAAACUACAAGCAGAUCACUUGUAAGUAUAUAAAUACAAACUAAAUUCUCUGAAUAGAAAAAUGCAUCUUUCAAUUGUUUUAAUUCACAAAUAGUGUUCAUUUAUAUGAAUCAUCAGCCUGUUUUUUACAUGAAUUUUAUUUUACAUCUGCCUGUGUAUAUUAAAGUCUUUAUAAAAUUCUAGAUUUAUUACUUUAUAUAUAGAGGAAUGCAUGUGUUGGAUUGGGUAUAGCACAUAUACGUUUACAAGAGGGUAUAUUGUAAAGUAAUCCAAUGUGUAAGAAUAUCGUGAAUUAUAAGAAUGUGUCAAGUUGAGUGGGAAAAUAUUACAGAACAUAAGAUCUCUGCUGGAUCAUGCCAAAUGGCCAUCUGUUUCCUACAGUGAGUAGCCAGAUGUCUCCGAGAAAGUAGCAAGCAACACCCUUGUCCUCUUAUUUGCUAGUUAGUAGCUGGUGAUCAAAGGCAUAUAUCCCUGAUCAUGGUGGUAAUAUAUAACCAUUAUGACUAAUAACCUUCAGUGACCUUAUAUUCUGUGAAUUUGCUUCAUCCCUUUUUAAAACCAUACUAGUGGCUACUACCCUAUUUUAUGGAGAUGAAUGUCUUUGGUUUAUUUUGUAUGAAAAUGCAUUUCAUUUUGUCUGUUCUGAAUCUUAUUAAUUCAAGCUUCAUCAAAUGAUACAAGGCUGUGCUAUGAUGAAAAAGGGAAGAAGCAGAUACGAAAUACAAAUCGUGUGGGAGAUUAAUGCAAUGAACAAACAAUACUAAUUACUGAAGGGGGAUAAUUUAAACAAAAUAGAAUUAAAUUGCAAAAAGCACAAUAAAAUCAAAGAAAACAAAA